UUGCAAUGCACGGGUGAGAAAAAACCAUUUUGAAUCACAACAAAACAAACACAGAGAGAUGCGGCCAACAAAUUGGGUGAACAUGGCAACACAACUCGGAGGCCUAUCUAUCUCCCAAGUCUGAGGCUCUGCUGUAACCGAGAAAACAAAGAACCGCCAAACAUUCAAUUUUUCCCUCUCCGAUCUCAGAUUCCCAAUUCUCUGCGUCCCACAUCGAUGGCCGCUUCCGCUUCCAAUGCCGUGCUUCUCGGAGACGUUUACUUGGAAGACGUGACGGCCAAGCCUUCCGGCGUUCACUUCAGAGAACGAAUGCGCCGAGGGGCGCUGCGAGCCACCGUGAACCUCCCUAGGCCAAGACCGCUCAGUGCUCUUUUGAAUUUCGGCUGUUCGACUUCCGACGCGUGUUGGAGGAGUUGGAACCAGAGCUCGCUCCCUGGAGCCAAGAAUUCCUCGUUCGCUUGCUGCUCCGCGGAGACUACGCCGCAUGUUCAGCACCUUGCUACAUCGACGUUUGCAAUAGACCAGACUAAUUUUGGUGGCGAGAGGUUGAAGCUAUUUUCAGGGUCAUGUUACCUACCACACCCGGAUAAGGAGGACACGGGUGGGGAGGAUGCACAUUUUAUUUGCACUGAUGAACAAGCAAUCGGUGUUGCAGAUGGGGUAGGUGGCUGGGCAGAUGUUGGUGUUAAUGCUGGACUGUUUGCUAGAGAACUCAUGUCCCAUUCUGUUAGGGCAGUUGAAGAGGAACCCAAAGGUUCUAUUAAUCCAGCAAGGGUUUUGGAGAAGGCUCAUUCAUGUACAAAGGCUAGGGGUUCUUCAACAGCUUGUAUCAUUGCUCUUACCGAUGUGGGGCUACAUGCCAUUAAUCUGGGUGACAGUGGGUUCAUUGUGGUUAGAGAUGGAUGCACCAUUUUCAGGUCCCCUGUUCAACAGCAUGACUUCAAUUUUACAUAUCAACUGGAGAGUGGUAAUGGAGGUGAUCUUCCCAGCUCUGGCGAGGUCUUUACAAUACCUGUUGCCCCAGGAGAUGUUGUCAUUGCUGGAACAGAUGGAUUGUUUGACAAUCUGUACAAUGAUGAGGUAGCUGAAGUUGUUUUACAUGCAAUUAGAGCCGGACUAGAACCCCGAGUAACUGCUCAGAAGAUAUCAGCACUAGCCCGUCAGCGAGCACAGGACAGGACUAGGCAGACACCAUUUUCUACUGCUGCUCAAGAGGCUGGGUUCCGUUAUUAUGGUGGAAAGCUUGAUGACAUAACAGUUGUUGUGUCAUACAUAACUGGCUCAACAUGUAUGAGUUUUUUGCCAUGUUAACUUUGCUACAUAUUGUAUAUUCGUGUUUGUCUACAGCGGCUGGGUUGCUAGCCUUAUCUGUCA